CUCUUUAUUUCCACUACGAGUUGGAGCGGCGCCCGCCACUCGCGCUACGUUGCUCCACCCCACGGCUUGACUUUACCACUCGGCUCCAUUCAGUCUUCGCCAGCAAUAGGACGACAUGGACAAGGCAGGUGGAAGAGGCGACUUCGAAUGGGUCUACAACGACCAGCCGCACACGGCGAGGAGGAAAGAGAUACUGGCCAAAUACCCAGAGAUCAAAUCCCUGAUGGGUCCAGAUCCCCAUCUGAAGUGGGUGGUGUCGGGCAUGGUGCUGUCCCAGCUCCUGGCCUGCUACCUGGUGCGCGAUCUCCCGUGGAAGUGGAUCUUGUUCUGGGCGUACGCGUUCGGCGGUUGCGUCAACCACUCGUUGACGCUGGCCAUCCAUGACAUUUCGCACAACGUGGCAUUUGGCAACAAACUGGCCAAGUGGAACCGCUGGUUCGCCAUGUGGGCCAACCUGCCCAUCGGCGUGCCCUACUCGGCCUCCUUCAAGAAGUACCAUAUCGACCACCACCGCUACCUGGGGCGAGACAAGCUGGACGUGGACAUUCCCACGGACUUUGAAGGCUGGUUCUUCUGUACCCCGACCAGGAAGGUGGUGUGGCUCUUCCUGCAGCCAUUGUUUUACAGCCUGCGCCCGCUCCUGGUCAACCCUAAACCCAUUUGUAAUCUGGAGAUCCAGAACUUUGCCGUACAGCUUGCGGCGGAUGCCGUCAUCUACUAUCUGUGGGGGCUCAAGCCGGUCGUUUACCUCAUCGCGGGAUCCAUCUUGUGUAUGGGACUGCACCCCAUCUCCGGACAUUUCAUAGCCGAGCACUACAUGUUCGUGAAGGGGCACGAGACAUACUCUUACUAUGGCUCGCUCAACUUGAUCACCUUCAAUGUUGGCUACCACAUGGAGCACCAUGACUUCCCAAGCAUACCUGGCAGUAAGCUACCUCAGGUGAAGCAGAUCGCGGCCGAGUACUACGACUCUCUGCCUCAGCACACGUCGUGGAUGCGGGUGCUGUGGGACUUCGUGUUCGACGACAGUAUCGGCCCGUACGCCCGAAUCAAGCGUGAGUACAAGCUGAGCAAGCAGGAGUAGAGGGGAUGCGCCACUCAUCGAUGGGAGGUUAAUGUUAAUUUGACUGGUUAACACACCGCAGUCCACGUUCACUUUCAAAGCUGGAUGCGCUCUUCUUCAGUCACUUAUGUUGCAGUCAAACAUGUUAGAAAAGAAAGCAAACAUUUCCUUCUUUCACAGCGCACAUAAUUCCCACCUGUUCCUGUCAUACAAUACAGAUGGCUUGCCAUGCCAUUUGAGACUACAAUUAAUUGUAUUCAACAGUGAAAAUUAUUGUUUGCAAGGUCUACAUUUUCAUGUUAUUUGUUUUCAUUAUUAUUGUUGUGCCGUCCCUUUUGCUGCCUCUUAGUGUCAUGUCAUGUGAUGUCUUUGUAGACCUUUUCAUAAUGUUUGUUAACAACAGGGGCCGGGGUACUUCCGGGUGGCAGAAAGUGAGUGGCUGCCAUUGACUUGAACUGAAAACGACAAAAAACCUGUUUGGGGUUGUGCCACCAGAUAUACUCCAAAAGGUUUACUUUUAAUUUACCUUUAAAAAAAAAAAAAAAAACUAAGAUAAUCCAGUGGAACCUGUGGGUGGGGAAGAUAAAUGGAGUGAGAAUGAAACCUCCAUUUUCUCACAGGCAUGUAUAAAAUAUUUCGCUGGGUCGUCUUUAAGUAAUUGAGCAAAACAUAAUGGCUAGCCUGCUCGUUAACAUCAGCUCGCUAGCGCGCUCGCCAGCAUCAAAAGAGAACAUCUGCGCCAUUAAGCCGAGCAAUAGAAAAGUCAGUUAAUUGGCAAUGCCCUCAAUGAUCAUAUUAACUGCUCGGUACUUCUGAAUUUGAGAUGCAGAUUUCGGCCAGCGUUCUGUCUGCUUACCUCACGUAAUAUCUUCUUUUCUUCACACGUUCAAACUACCGCCGGUAGAGAAGAAGGCUAAAAUCCUCAUUCAAUCGCUCUGGCUCAGUCAAAUACGAUUUGUUUGCCACCCGGAAGUACAUGCGACAUCAUGGUGAAAAGGUCUUCAAUGAUGCGUUCAAGGGCACAGUGUAGAAAUACGAGCACUGAUACUUAAGCACGUGGACAGAAUAGCCCAAGAGUGUCAUUUAGGCGUUAUUAGGAAUCCUAUGCGAAUUCCUGGCAUGACACGCCCUGGUGCAACAUGAUUGGCUCCUGCAAUCGCGGGAAGGCUACGCAGCUGUAACGAUAACCAUCCCAAAUAUGUAUCACAUUUCUACGAAAUGAAAACAAGUUUAUGGUUAGGUUUAGGGCUAGGGUUGGGGUUAAGGUAGUCUAUGAUGGCUUUAGGUUAGGGUUAGGGUGGGUCAGGGCUAGUGGGAUUCAUAUUAACGGCAACACACUUACUUAAGUGUGUUGCCGUUAAUAUGAUUUUCGUAGGGCGUGUUCUACCAGGAUACAGCAGCCAAUCAUAGUGCUUCAGCACUUGUCCUGGAGCCAGUAGUAUUGGAGCAGGGCGUCCUGCCAGUAACGUGCGUGGGAUUCCUAAUAACAUAACAUGUCA